CUGCAUGAGCAAACCCGUUACGAUGUAGAGAAUGGGGAGUACUUAUGUCCACUCUGUAAGUGUCGCAGUAACACUGUCAUUCCUCUCCUGCCCCUCACUGAGACCACCUGCAGGUACUCGCAUACAAACUUGUGCUUGUGAUUAUUCUAAGUGGAGUUGCUCUGAAUCCGGACCGCUUAAUAUUUUAACCAUUGCAUUGGCGAAUUAGUUGUAGUGGCUCUGUAACCAAUGCAAACUUGCCUAUGAAAUGCCAUGGAAGGGUACAGAAUGACACUGUAACAGUGCAUACCCCAUUCCAUUAUUCCUCUUAUUUAUUUAUAUAUUUUAUAGCAAGGGAAUUGAUAUCAUCUGUAGCUGAAUUGCAUGUCUUGCCAUGUUGAGAUCAGAGUAUAGAAUUUCUGCUUAUGUAAAAUGGCUAAUCCACUGCUGUUGCAAGAUAUUUAGUCACACUGACUCAGUUUAUUACAGUAAAUUUGCCAGUUGUCCCAUUGAGUUUGACAUUUUCUCUGGUUAAAUAGUAAAAUGCAUGCAUGUUUGUAGUUACAGCAAUAGUGAGCAGCCAGGUCUGGCUCAUUGGCUGAAUACAACAUGCCAGCAGAUCAGAGCCUUGCACUCUGCUCAUAAGAGAGCCAAGCCAACAAAUGCUGGUGAGACAGAGACUGUGGAGGACUCUCCUCCUCCUGAGAGUUUCAGGCUGGACCACACACCAGUCAACCCUUAUUCAAGCUCCAUAAGGGAGAUGCUGAUGACAUUUGGGGCCGCCACUUAUAAAGUUGGCCUUAAGGUGCACCCUAAUGAGCAGGACCCCCGUGUGCCUAUCAUGUGCUGGGGCAGCUGUUCUUGCACCAUCCAGUCUAUAGAGAGAUUAUUGGUAGAUGAGGAGAAGCCUUGUUUGGAAGUUUACCCUGUAGACAGGUAUGACAACCCAACUUAUUGUCAUAUCUCAGCCCAGCCAGGACUCGGUUUCCCGAGAAGCAACACCCACUUCUAACGUGGCCGCUGAGGACUACACUUCCCACACACGCAUGCGCUCACUUCCCCGGAGUUCUGAUCUCACACACCUGCAGCCAAUCACCUUGUCCACUCACCACGGCUUAUUAAGAGACUUUGGAUACAGAGACACUUUGAGAAGUAAACAUUCAGUAGACUAGUUUCUCUGUCGUUCUCCAAGCGUUACCUGCUGUGUUUAUUCGAUAAGUGACUUUGACCUUUGCUUACGUCCCCGACCACGAUUUCUGUCUUGCCCCGUUUGUUUUGUUUGCAUGAUCGCCUGACCCUCGCUUGCUUCUUGACUAUGGACUGUGUUCACCCCUCUGGAUUAUUCUGCCUGAACCUGCUGCCCGCUUCUGCUUCUGUAUUCCCCACGGUACGUGACACUUAUCAUGCCAGAAUGAAUUCUUCUUUCGAGGGAUGUGUGAUGAUGUAAUAAAUUCUGUAUCAGAGGUAUUGUUAGUACUGUUAAAAUACUCGACGAAGCACUGUUUGCUUGCAGGAUUUAGUAGUUAAUUGUACACUAGAAU